AUGGACGACAACACAAUAUUUUACACCAUGAUCCAAGGCAAGCCAAUUAUUCAGCAAAGAAUCCUGCCAAGUCCAGUGGUGUCAAUAGAUGCACCACACAACUUCAGAAGUACUGCAACUCCUGGUGAUGAGCACAACAACAUUAUAUUCAGCCCAUGGAAGGCAUUUGGACCCUUUGUGGAUACCAUUCAGGAGGGCGAAUUAUUACCAAGUCAAGACACAGUCGUGCUGCCUUCGCCAAGACACCACGACAGUUCUAUGGAUGAAGAUGCCACAGAUCCUAUGCCAACUGUAGCGACAUCUAACAAGGUGGCUUCAAUAAGCCAGUUGUCCUUUAUGGUGAGGCCAGACAGCUUCGAGCGAGGUCAGUUACGACUGACCUGCAUCUCCACAGUCCACUCGGUGUACAGCGAACAAGCCGAGCUGGUCAUCAAUGAGGAGCGGCCCCAGAUCGCUUCUGUUCUUGGGACCAGGGAUUCAGCAGGAGCUGCUUUCAACGGCUUCACCCGCAUUUUUUUAUGUGAUAUGUCGGCUAACGAGCGAACCCAUGAAUACGCGCAGAAGUAUUGGGCCUCCGGUAAUCUCACUCACACGGCGAAACAUAACGCUGUGGUUGUUUCACGCCGGUUUUCUGUGAGGCCGUGGUCGAGCGGACCUAUUCGUGCCGAAGCUUGGCUCUCCCACAUUUAUAUACCGCGUUCCCAGGAUAUAAAGGUCUUUAUGUGUUGGGCAAACAUUGAGAUGGCAAUCAUUAUGAUUGCCAUAUCAAUGUUGGGCUCAGUGAGAACCUUAUCAUCAUGGAUUACCGCCUUGGAAUGA